AUGGAUUUUUUGCAUCCGGAAUAUGCAAUGAGCGAUGACGGUUACAAUGACUUCGGUAUCAGAAUACUGAAGCACGCCUCACUAGGCUCGAAGGCCCAGCAAUACAUGAGUUUUCAAGAGCCAGUCCCAACCCCGGUGCUCCCCAGAAGAUCCGCCCGGAACGCCUCAGAUGCAGCAGCGGUGACCAACCACAGGACAGCUACCGCGACCAAAAAUGGCACAGGCGGUGAACCUGCAACGCACACCGGAGCCAAGAGGCCCACUAGAAAACGCAAGCCAAGCACCGAAAAGUCCGAAAAACCCAAAGUGCCAAAGUUGACGAUGCCGCUAAGUGAGCUCACCACGAGCUAUGACCACAUUCCGGUCAAGGAUAUGGAGUCAUGGGUCCGGCGAAGUGUCGAAACUCGGAAGCAAGAGGUAGAAAAGCGUGGCGGAUACGUCACUCGUCCGAUGAACUCCUUCAUGCUUUAUCGAUCGGCGUACGCCGAUAGGACGAAAUUUUGGUGCCUCCAAAACAAUCACCAAGUAGUGUCCUCCGUUAGCGGCGAGAGCUGGCCCCUGGAGCCCCUUGCAAUCCGGGAUAAGUACAACGAACUCGCAAAAAUUGAGCGUAUCAACCACCAAGCGGCUCACCCGGGAUAUAAAUUCUGUCCCAGCAAAACGCAAAAUGGGAAGAAGAAGAAGGAGGUGAGGGGACCAGAGGAAUCGGAGGCCAGUGAGCUUGAAGGUUUUCCGGAUGAUGAUGGCGACUAUGUUGGUAGCUUGGGGGGGGCUCGGGGUGCGAAGAAGACAGCACGAGGCAAUAAAAAGUCCCCCAAAGGCUCCAGCCAGAAUAGGGGAGUCUCCAUCAACGGCUUUAUAGGCCUUUGUUACGACCACACCGAGGGCGGGGCCCAGAGGUCAUCAUUUAUUCAUAACAACCCAGGAAAAACUCCGCCAAUGUGUAUGGCGAAUACUGAUAUGCACUUGAGCGGCCAGUAUUACCAAACCACUGUUCGUGCAAGCCCGGCCACCAUCCCGAGCUCUAUGCACCCAAGUGUGAUUGAGGACGUGACGAUUCGAAAAACCCAAGCUCCGAUGGGAACGAUGAACACGAAUUAUUGCCAACAUGCGCUGUAUCAAGCGGACCAGAUUGACAACUUUCUCGCGUCGACCCUCGAGAACCAAGAUAAUUCAAAGGUCGAUCCCGCACUAUUAGCCACCGGGUCCACAUCAGAUCUUUGUAUGAACGGUAGCCAGCAUCAAAACGUCCAACCAGACCAUGCUGGCCAGUUCAUCGACGGAGGGAUCUUUGAUGGUCAAUUUGAAAUAGACAGCUUGUUUGCAACCGCCAAUAUUCCUCAUAUCUCGUUUGCCGACGACGAAUCACAGCAAGACCCUAUGGCCCAACUUGAGCGAGGCAGCCACACCAUUGACUUACGCAAGAUGCAAGCGUACGAUCAAUCCAUACAAGGCUUUCUAGACAGCCAAGAAAGUUGGAACAGAAACGGAGACGCCAUGAUGGAAGACCGCGACCAACUCCAUUAUGACGAUUGGCUUCAAGAAGCCUAUCUGCCCAAAUAA